AUGAAGAGAUGUGCGCCAAUAGUUAUGUGUAAUCCAAAAGCGAAGUACAGAUCUUUCAAUGGGUCGUGUAAUAACUUGAGAAAACCAACAUGGGGAGCAUCGAAUACUCCAUUUCUGAGACUACUCAACGCUGAGUAUAGUGAUGGUAAUGUAAAAACUACAAUUAGGACUGAAAUUAAAAUUGAAUGAUGCAAUAACUAGUUGUACCAUUUUCAUAUCGUACACAAUAUGUUUAUUUAUUUACAUUUAGAUAAACAUAUUGUUUAUAUUUCUUUUAGUUAUUAACAACGGGUGAUCCAGAGGGGCCCGGGGGCCUCGCCCUCUCCCAGACUGUAGACUAGACAAAAGUUUUACUUCCACAAAUAAUUCAUUGUUUAACGCAUUUAUUGUAUAAUAUACGAUUUUCAAGGAAGAAAAGCUCAGUGGAUAAUAUAUUGAUUGUACUAUAACUUGUUUUCAUUUUUUUUUUUUCUGUCUGUGAACAAUAUUGCUAUCAGAAAUCAUACCCCAAUCAAAGAAUAAGUUGGUAAUGGUUAUCGAUGUUUUCAAAUAUAAAUUAAAUAAGUUUAUGUGUCUUAAUUUUUCAAUUUUUCAACUGUGCAACAGUGGCUACACCCAUCCCUAAUAUCAUCUCCCUUUUAUUUUGCUUACUAGUAAUUUUUUUUAGGUCACCCUCCCCCCAAAAAAAAAAAAUUUAACUCUGAAUCCACCACUGCUUAUAAAUUAACAGAAUCCAUUUUUUUUUUUUUUAUAGCAUAAACCCGAACUAUUUUAACCUAACGCAUUUUUUUUCUAUCCAGUUUUAUAUACACUUUCAUUUAAAUACAAUAAAAUAUACGUGUUUUAAAAAAUUAAAUGAUUUGUCAAUUACAGCGCUAAUUAAUGUCCGUUUUAUAUUAAAUUUAACGUAUAUCGGGAAAUAAAGUAUGUUAGCCCAUAUUUUUCUUUUUAUUUAAUUGAAACUUUUUCAUAGGUAUAUAUCAAUUUCGACGGCAAUCAAAUGGACAAUCAUUACCAGGAGCUAGAAAAAUUAAUACAGAAUUGUUUUUGAAUAACCAAUGGUACGAUUAUGACGAACUAAAUGUAUUCAUUAUGCAGUGGGGACAAUUUUUAGCUCACGAUAUUUCUCUUUUAAGAGCAGACGACUCUGUUGGUAAUUUAUAUUUAAAAAUACCACAUAUUUAGGUAUUUAUAUUAUAUAAUGAGGAUUAUAAUAGCUGGUAGAGCGCGGAUUUGUAUGUGACUGCAUAAUUAUUUGCUUUUCAUAGGUUUUCGUUAAUAAUCAUUACGAAUCAUACAAAACUGAAGUCAUUUGCACUAUUUAUUUUUGAUUUUUUUCACUUUCAUUGCAUAAUAAUAUAUUCAUUGGAUAUUUCAAUGAAAUGAUAUUGUGCGCUGUAACAAACACAAUUUUUUAACUUCGUAUUUGUUGAGUAUUUUUGUCAUGUUUAUUGGAUAUUUUAUAGGACAUAUUUCUAGUGCAUUAUGUAUAAAUCCGCAAUCUAAUUAUUAUAAGCUUAAAAUUAUAAAAUAUGUGAUUAUGCAAUAUUAUUACAGUAAAAAACGCCCAUAUUAUAUUUUAUAAUAUUGUUCUGUCAUACCUAUAAACGUAUAAUAAAUAUAUAUGUGUGACAGCAACAACGUUUAUAAAAUAGAAUAAUGAUUUUUAUAGAAAAUUGUUGCACCGCUCAAAAUUUAUCUACAGUACCACCUCAAUGUCGUGAAGUAAUUGAUGUAAAAAAAGAUGAUCCCGUUUAUUCAAAGUAUAACAGAACGUGUAUAUCGUUUAAUCGCGCAUUGACAUCUGCUAAUUUCAGCUGUCCAUUGAUGCCAGCUACAUAUGUUAGUAAUAAAUAAUAUAUAAUAAUAAAAUAUAUUUUAUGAGAGUAUACUGAAAUUUGGUUUCUAUAAUCAAUAGGUACUUUUGGCAUUGAUUUAAAAUCGAAAUAUUUUUUUAAUUUCUCAGAUGGUCGAAGUUACUCAAUAUAUUGACGGAUCUCAAGUUUACGGGUCCAGCGAUGCCGUGGCAGCCGGAUUAAGGUCUUUUGUAAACGGGAAACUCCGAUCUGAUAUUAUAAAUAAGGGAGGUGAUCAGAAACCUCAGGCAAAUGAGUUUUGCCCUCAAGUGAAUCGAACUACGUUACAAUGCGAUAGUUCACUGAAUUCUAAAACUUGCUAUCAGGCGGGUUGGUUGAUAUUUUAAUAAAUAACAUUUUUUUAUGCAAGAUGAAUAUAAUAUUGUGUAUCUAUAUGUAUAUAGUAGUAACUGUUUUAGCUGUAUACUAUCUAUAUAAUUUUUAUUUUGUCAGAAUUGAGUUUUAAGUGUUCGCUUUCGUCUACGUACCGUCACACUCAAUUUAUAUAUCAUCACAUGUACCUACAUAUUUUUAUUUAUAUUAAUUUUGUAUACCUAUACAGGCGAUGUUCGUGUUAAUCAAAAUUUAGGAAUUGCACUGCUUCAAACAUUAUUCUUGAGAUUUCAUAACCAUAUAGCAUCCAAGCUGUUUUACAUAAACCAAUUUUGGACUGACGAAAUGCUAUAUCAAGAAACUCGAAGAAUUAUUGGAGCGGUUAUUCAGCACAUUACUUAUACUCAUUAUUUGCCCAUUAUAUUAGGUAAAAAAAAAAAAAAGUAAUUUUUAUAUUUUACUUAAUUUGGACUAUUUAGGUAUGCACAUUUAAAUAUAAGUAGGCACUGUACACAUAUUUUCAUAAAUUUUACGAUAAUUUACUUUUGCUCUUAAAGAACGCCAAAUUUUACAAUCUAUUCUAAUUAGGACCAUAAUUUAUAACUUCUAUCACACCUGCCAAUUGUCAGAUUCUAAAUUCUAGACAUAUAAAAAUUAAUACCAAUCUAAACAUUACUUAGAAAAACAUUUUCAUUUCUUAAAAUUUAAUGUCUUGGGCCAUAGGGCGAAACUUUAUCUUUAUUGUUUAGGUAGAUACAGGGAGAAUUUAAAAACAAUUUUAAUUUUUAUAUACAUUUAAGAUAAAAUCGCUAUUAUUUGACCAUUGACUAUAUAGUUGGUAGAAAUAAUAAAAUAUUAAAAAUCAGUUUUAUAUAUUUACUUAAUGGCUUAAUAUAAUUAUAAUUGUAAUUAUAUUAUUCAAAUGAACGUAAUGAUUUUAGGGGACACAUACACUCAGUAUUAUGGACUAUUUACUCCGCAAACAAUUUAUAAUGAUCAAAUUAAUCCAUCUACAUCAUUGGAAUUUGGGGCUAGUUUAUUUCGAAUACUUCAUAGCCAAAUUCCUGCACAGCUAAAGUACAGUAUUUGUAAUAAUUAAUUAAAAUGAUUUCUAUAACUCACAGGUUCUCAAACUUAUUUCAUCCAGCGCCUACUUUGAAAAUUAAACAUUUUCUAGAGCUCCCAAAAUGUUUUUAACUUAUUAUCUGUUGUGCAUCUUAAAUACAUUAUAGUUAUCGUAAUAAUUAUUAUAUUUAAACAUAGCAUACCCUAUAUCUGAGUUGAAACUUACAUUUUAAAUGGGCUUUAUUAUAUUAAAAUAUGAUAACUAUUAACGCCUACUUAAUCAUAAUUAAAAGUAUUUUUAAUAAAAUUAAAACAUUAAUCAUUAAUCUUAGUCAUAUUUAAAAGUAUUUUCGUUAAAAUUAAAACUAAGCUUUGAAUUUAAAAGUGUAAAACUUAUUUAGUGUGAAGAAUGAUACAGUGAUGAUACAGUGAUGCACUAAGCACUUUAACGAGUUUGUUAAUAUCACACACGAAUUUAUUUAAAACCACCGGAGCUUAUACUAAAACAGUGAAAUAACCGGAGCCCAAGUAACAACACAAUAUUCAUUGUUAUUGGCUAUUGUCGCUGUCGCGAAAACGCUUAUGAUCAUUAACCCAUUAACGUCGUACUUUGCCAUAUGCAGGCAACAUAAAUAAAACUUUUUUCGGACAUUCCAUAUAAAGUGUAAAUUUCCUGUAUUGCGAUUUAUGAUUAUACUAUCAUGUCAUAAAAAAACGUUGGCAUAAUGAGUUAAAUACGAAGAACGACGGUGAUGCCCUACAUUUUUAUGAUACACUCAAUUAUAAUAGAAUAACAAAACAGAAUAGAUUCUGAUGUUGAUUAAUUGAUGAUAUUAUGUCCGACAUAUGGGCUAUAAAAAAAGUAAAAUUGAUGAUAUUAUAGCUAAUUAAUUUUAGUUUAAAAUAUCAGGAGUAUAUUAUCAUUUUUCACUUUUUUUAAAAAUCAGCUAUCGCCACUUUGAGGAAGAUUACUAUAAUCAAUACAUUUAAUUUAUUUACCGUCGUAAUAAUAAACAAGCCAAUAGGUGUAGAUACAUUUAUAAUUAUUAUAUAAAUAUUAAAUCAUAUGUUUUCCUCAGAAUUAUUAAACGAAGUAUAGGCAAAUAAUUUAUUCAAAUUAAUAAGGUGUUUUUUAUAAAGACUAACCUAUACUUUGUUUGUACAACUUGAACAUAUAGAUAAUAUGCAGGUACUUUUAUUUUACAGGUACAAAGAAAUUUUAAAUAUCUAUAUUAAUAAAUAAUACAUACCUAAUGUAUUAAUUAUAUUUUACAUGUUCGUAGUUUUAUAGAUAAAAUGUACAAAAUUGCAUUUCAAGUUAAUUUAACAGACUGGAUGGACAGGCCUGAUUUGCUACCUGUGGGACAAAACGAUGACUGGUUAAUGAGAGGACUUAUAGAAACUCCAGGUCGUGAAUAUCAAGCAUCCUAUAAUCCACUGGUUAGAUAUAUGAUCGUUUGAUUUGUUUAUUAUUAAAUGACCGCAUGGUACAAAUAAAAUUAUAAAAAUAUUUUUGUUUUAUUUUAAAUUAAUAUUUAUUAUUUAUGAUACAUAAUACAGUGUGUUCCACUGAGAUUUACCUAAUGUAAUAACUUUUGUUCCGUUCAAUAUUUUUUUCGUUGUGAUUCUACUAUUUGAUUUUUUUUUUUUAUUUUAAACUAAAAAUAAAUUAUUUUUACAAAUUCCAUAAUAGCCAUUUUAUAAAUAUUUUAAGUAUUACAAAUAUUGACUAAUCAUGGUUCAUUAGUUUUCUAUAAUUUACUUAAGUUUAAAUAAACUGUUUAUUAGAUUUGUCUUCCCGGAAUAAUUGGUGAAUCAAUUGAUUUAGAGUACAUAGAGAUGCAGAGGCAUGGAUUCGGUAGAUGAUAAUGUGAGAGACUUAGAUCGUUUGAGCAUGUCACGAAGAGAGAGGAAUCGAAAGUAUUAAGAAUAGUAAUGAAAAUAAACGUAGGAAGAAAGAGGAGGGAGGAAGACCGAAAAAGAGGUGGUUGAAUUUUAUAAAGACGGCUGGUGUAUGCGAGGAUGAUGUGGGGAAAGUAUAAGUUUAGGACGAAGGUGGCCCACCCCAAAUAGUUGGGAUGAAGACGAAGGAUAAGAAGACAAUAAGAAUCAUAGAACCAUUAGAGCAAGGCUUAGUUAAUGCUACAAAAAAAGAGCAAUUUAAAAAAAAUUGAGCAGAACAAAGUUUAUUGCAUGUAUCUGAUCUCUGUGGAACCUUGGCAUAUCCUAAAUGUAUAUGUAUAGAUUUUAAUUUUAAAUUGUACUAAUAAUAAUACUAAACAAUAUUAUGCUCUAUUUUAUAGAUUUCAAAUUAUCUGUUUCGCUUUAAUAUGCCAGACUUUACUGGCCAAGACUUACUCUCCAUAGACAUACAACGUGGCCGAGAUGUUGGUUUACCAAUAUAUAAUCAAGUCAGGCCCAUUUGUGGAAUACCACGUGCAAAUUCUUUUGAUGACUUAUUGGAUCUGAUUCCUUUUAAGGUUAUUUUACAUACUUAAAAACAAAAUUAGUUAUUUUAUUUGUAAAUAGUUACAUUAUUUAUACUAACAUAAAAUAUCAUUCAUUAGGCAGUACAAAUUUUAAAAACACUUUAUGCAACAGUAAACGAUAUUGACUUACAUGUUGGUGCAUUACUCGAGGCACCAGAAGAAGGGUCAUUGGUUGGACCGACUACUAGAUGCAUAUUAUCCGAUAGUUUUUUUAGAUAUAAAUACGGUGAUAGGUUUUUCUAUGAUGUACAAGGACAACCGGGUAGUUUUACGCCAGGUAGGUGUGAUACUUUUUUAAUAUUUAUAAUAGGUAUAUUUAUUUUUAUUUAAAUAGGUAAUAAUUAAAUAUAAGGAUAAAUUGUAUCAAACUACUUUUUUUUUUUUUUCAGAACAAUUGAAAUCUAUAAAACAAAUUAACUUAGGACAUGUGAUAUGUGUUACGACAAGUUUAAAUAUUCUUCCACUAGAUAUUUUCAAAAGUCUACACGAGUAUGUACAAUAAUUUUGUAAAAACUAUUAUUUACACUACUAUUAAAAAAAAUUUACUUUAAUAUAAAAUUAGUAAGCAAUAAGCAGGGUAGUGCGCAGUGGAGAGUUUGGGAUUACAUAUUUCCCCAAUUGGCUUAAAAAUACAACUAUGAAUGCUAACUUAUAUUGUAAUUAGUACCUAUAUUGUAACCAAUGGUGGAUUUAGCGUCAGGCAAAGUAGGCAGUUGUCUAGAGCGGCAAAUUUUUAGGGGCGGAAAUUUUAAACUUAAUUUUAUAUUAUUUUAUUGAGAACACUAGGUUUUUUAAAUUUUGUAAGGUAAUUUUUAAUCUUUACAAUUGAAGGAAACUACCUACCUAAAAUAUAAUAUAUUAAUACAAAAUAAAAUUUUCCUAUGUACGGCAAUUGUGUAAAUCCGCUUCUAAUUGUAAUCAGUACCUAGCUAAUUUAAUCUUGAAAAGCUUAAUUUAUUAAAUACAAAUUUGUUUUUUUGGAUCAGGCUUUUAAAUUCCCAUAUUUCGUGAAGUCGGUAUAGGUAGAAGGAAAAGACUCUACGAUUUAUUCUCAAUUAUUAUUUGCUUUAUGUAUGUACAUUCCUUCCUUUUUAAAAUGAAGGGCGUGUCCCUGACUAGGCAAUUAAAAAAAGUUAUACCAAUAGACUGGUAAAUAAUUGCUUCUUUUCAAACUAAAUCUGUUACGAUUUAUUAACUUACAUAAUAAUUUUAAAAUUAAUAAAAACAAAAAUUGUCUACUAAAACAAUAUAUUUAUAUUUAUAUGCAUUAUGUUAGAGGCAUAUAUUGUUACUGAACACUAGAAAUAUUUUAUAAUUAUUCUAUAACUAAAAAAUUGAUAAAAAAAAGAAAACAUUUGAGUAUUUAAAAAUUUAAAAAUGCUAGAGACGAGUAUACUACUGUUGUAGAUGGGAAGUUGGGAAGACAAAAUACUUUAGGUUAUUUUAUUUAUAUCCAUAAGCGACAUACCAUUGGUAAUCAAAAAUACGACUCGAAGCGAAUUUUGGUUACAUAUAUAUAUAUGUUUUAAAAAACAUUAAUAUGUCGUAAUAUGAAUAUCAUGUUGAAUUUUCAUGUAUUUCUGUUUAGUUCAACAAUUUUAUCCAUAGAAUACUUACCUACCAAAUAAAAAUUGCCUAAAAAAAAUCGCUGAAAAUGUCUAUGAAUAGCUCAAAUAUUUUAAACAUUUUACCACGUUUAGAACAUAUAAGCAAAUAUAGGUGUUCUGUUCAAGUUUAAAGUCUCUACGAAUAUUUUGAACUGAAUUACAACAAAAAAACAAAAUUGAAAAUAAUAAAAUCAUUAUUUUCUUGAACUAUCCCGCUUUUCUACGUUUUUUGGUUUUGCUCAAUUAUUGAAAAACUACAAAGAAUAUCAAAAAACGAUUUAUACUAACCAAUUAGAUUAAAAAUGCAAAAAUAUUACUCUCUUGUCGUUUCUUUAUUGAAGCAAUAUUUCUGAUAGAAAACAUAAGUUACAAAAAUGUAAAAUCAUGAAAUCGUUACGCCUACGCCGCUGUCAAUAUUUGUCUGUUUUUCCUAGUUUCCCUAAUUAUUAUGAAAAUCGCUUUGAAAAUCAAAAAUAAAUUUCAUUAAGUACAAAAUAGAUGACAUUUCCUUUCGAAAAAGGUGCUACAUUUAAUAAAUUAGAGCAAGAUUUCUGAUAGAAAUUUUGUACACAUAUAAAAAUAAAAACCUUACUACGCUUCAAGUCUUAAUUAUAUUAUUAUAAUAACAUAGUUAUUUGUUUUUAUUUAUUAUAUUCAAUAAAGAUUUUCUUCAAUCAAAUGGAAUUGUGAAGAUCACUUUAAAAUAGACCUAGAAGCUUGGAGAGAAUUCAAGAAAUAA